AUGCUACCAAGGUUCGUGGUUAGAUCUGGUGCCGCAGGAAGAAACCUGGGCUUCAGUUUUACUCGUAAAUGCGACCAUACUUUUCUAAGUAAGACUGUGCGCAAUGACUUGUCGCACAGACCCUAUUCUACCGGAACUAACGGUAAUGGCAGUGCCAAUGCCGGUAAAAGCCAAAGCGGUUUGUUGUUUGGUGUGUUUGGAGGUACUUUGAUCGGUGGUGGGCUGGUUGCGUACUUUUUGGGGUCGAAGUUCGACCAGCAACAGAGCUCAUCUCAGCAAGUCAGCGAUUUGUCCAUUGCUAGACUAGAGGAUUUGGACUCGCCCAAGUACUGCGACAAGAAGACGUUUGCUACUGCUGUCGAGGAGUUGAAACAGGUGUUGGAUAACAACCCAGAGAACUUUUCGGACGCCAAGAGCGACUUAGACUCGCACUCAGACACAUAUUUCAACUCGCACCAUGCCACGCCAGAACAGAGACCCGAGAUCGUUUUGUUCCCCCGUAACACGGAAGACGUUUCCAAGUUACUCAAGAUAUGCCACAAGUACUCCAUUCCUGUCAUUCCAUUCUCCGGUGGGACCUCGCUCGAGGGCCACUUCAUGCCCACGAGACCGGGCUCCUGCGUCGUUUUGGACAUCUCCAAGUACAUGAACCAAAUUAUCCAGUUGAACAAGGAAGACCUCGACGUGGUCGUGCAAGGUGGUGUUCCAUGGGAAGACUUGAACGACUACUUGAACGACCACGGGUUGUUGUUCGGUUGCGAUCCUGGUCCAGGUGCCCAGAUCGCUGGUUGUAUUGCUAACUCUUGUUCCGGAACCAAUGCGUACCGUUACGGUACUAUGAAAGAAAACGUCGUCAACAUCACCAUGUGUCUUGCCGACGGUACCAUCAUCAAGACCAAGAGAAGACCAAGAAAAUCCUCUGCUGGUUACAACUUGAACGGUUUGAUCAUCGGAAGCGAGGGUACCUUGGGUAUUGUCACCGAGGCAACAAUAAAGUGUCACGUGAGAUCUAACUUUGAAACCGUCGCUGUCGUUCCGUUCCCCAGCGUGGCCGAUGCUGCCUCGUGCUCCUCCCACUUGAUCCAGGCCGGUAUCCAGCUGAAUGCCAUGGAAUUGUUGGACGAUAACAUGAUGAAGAUCAUCAACAAGAGCGGUGCUACUUCAAGAACAAACUGGGUCGAAUCACCAACCUUAUUCUUCAAGAUUGGUGGCAGAAGCGAAAAGGCAAUCAAAGAAGUGGUUAAAGAGGUCGAGAAGAUCGCCUCUCAACACAACAACAGCAACUUCGAAUUUGCAUCUGAUGAAGAAACUAAAUUGGAAUUGUGGGAAGCUAGAAAAGUCGCUCUUUGGUCUACGAUUGAUGCAGGUAAGAAGUUGGAUCCAAACGUCAACGUUUGGACCACCGAUGUUGCCGUUCCUAUCUCCAAAUUCGCCCAGGUUAUCAACGAUACAAAGGAGGAAAUGAACGCUUCUGGAUUAUUGACCUCUCUUGUUGGUCAUGCCGGUGACGGUAAUUUCCAUGCUUUCAUCAUUUACAAUGCCGAACAACGUAAGACCGCAGAAACCAUUGUCGAAAAUAUGGUCAAGAGAGCCAUUGACGCAGAAGGUACCUGUACCGGUGAACACGGUGUUGGUAUUGGUAAGAGAGAGUUUUUGGUUGAAGAGUUGGGCGAAGAUACAAUUGCUGUCAUGAGAAAAUUGAAACUUGCCUUGGAUCCAAAGAGGAUCUUGAACCCUGACAAGGUCUUCAAGAUUGACCCUAACGAUCACCAACACUGA